UUUGGAAAGCCGUCGGGGAAGCUGUCGGCUGUCUAUUCUCCACGUCGACGAUACUGGACGGAGAGGAUGAUCCCUCGCUCGUUUCUUCCGCCCCUUUCCCGUCGCGGACACGCGAGAUCGCCAGCGAGAAUAAUCCUGCUGUUUUUCCAACGGAAUGCAUUUUAGCGAUCUUUCGAGGGUCCGCUGAAAAACAUCCUACUGCGAAGUGCGACACCGCCCGGAGUGACAACUGACGGCCGUCGACAUCGGCUGAUCGGCAUUCGGCGUUCCGAAAUUCAUCGAAAAAGACUGAUCUUCCUGACCUACCCUCAGAGGCCUCAGAUGACGUGUACCGUUGGACAUGUCUCCGUUGACAUGUCUACACAGGUUAUGUGCCGCUGAUAAACUUCAAGAUCCGCGAUGAGCGAGAAAAACAUCAACUCCGCUUUAGUGCGGAGGGUCAACAAAUUGCUGGAAUCCAGGGUGGAGCACGAUAAGGAUACCCUGGAAGCUUUGAAAGAGUUGUCAACGUUCUUCACCGAGAACACAUUGAAUUCCCGCCGAAAUCUGCGCAGCAAAAUAGAGAGGAGGAGUCUGGCGAUAAACGAAGAGUUCCUGGCCACGUUCAGGGAGGUGAAGGCCUCCCUGGAUGACGUUUACCAAAACGUUCUGGCGAUGAACACGGCUGUGCAAUCUAUGACUAAUCGCUUGCAAGCCACGAAGGCUCAAACGUCACAGCUGAUUGAGCAGACCACGAAGCUUCAGAGCGAAAGUCAAGUAUUAACCAUCCAGCAGGAAGUCGCGAGUGCAUUUAUCAGAAAUUUCCAACUGACUCAAUCCGAAAUGACCGUUUUACAUGGAUCGGCCAGGGAGUCGCCUAUAACGGAGGAAUUUUUCUCUGUAGUUAGUAAAGUACAGGAUAUUCAUGGUAAAUGUAGAGUACUGAUGCAGUCCGGUUAUCAGACAUUGGCUCUGGAUAUUAUGCAGAGAAUGACGUUGCUGCAAGAAUCGGCGCUUGAAAGGCUAUAUCGGUGGACGCAGACUCAGUGUAAAAAUAUAGAAAACGAACGUUUGGCGCCGUUACUCAUUAAGGCCAUGAGUAAGCUGCAAGACAGGCCAGUGUUAUUCAAGUACAUCCUGGAUGAGUACUGUGCAGCUAGAAGAACUGCCUUGGUGGGAUCCUUCAUAGACGCGCUAACAUUAGGAGAAGGUUUUGGUGGAACACCCAAUCCUAUAGAAAUGCAUGCCAACGAUCCUAAGCGAUAUGUCGGUGAUAUGCUUGCGUGGCUGCAUCAAGUAAUUCCCGUAGAGAAAGAGAAUAUUUUUACUUUAGUGAAAGGCUGUGAUAAAACAGACGUAUCAGAUCAGGUGAAACAGGCGUUAAGUAAUAUCACGGAAGGAUUAUGUCAUCCUUUAAAAUCAAGAAUAGAGCAUGUUAUAACUACAGAAGCGCCAGCGACAGUGUUAUACUCGGUCACGACACUAAUCCGAUUCUACCGCGCUAUUACUGAACAAGUCAUACCCGACAGCGUUCUGGAUCAGACAUUGCUGGACUUGUUGGCUUUAAGCGAAAAGAGUUUUCUAAGCAGGCUGCAGAGGGAAACGAGAAUCGCUCUCGGAGAGCGCGCGGAGCCUCCCGGAAGUGAUUUGGUCCCCGCUCCGUCAGUCUCUAGACUAUUGUCCCUGCUAAACGAAAUAUUGUCCGUCGCCAGUAUAGCUGAGGACAGAGAAAAAGAUAUGUUGCAGAUCGUGUCAUGUAUCAUCGAUCCGUUACUUCAAGAAGUUAAUGAAACAGCAUCCAGACUGCCAACCGUGGAUAUGGCCGUUUAUCUUCUCAAUUGUAUGCACCAGAUACAAUCGACGUUGGCAUUGUACGAGUACAUGGAUCAGAGAUUAGAAAGGUUACAGGCACAAUCGGAUGCGCAAAUCGAUACACUUACGUCGGAGCAAGCUAGCUCAUUGGUAGCGCAUUUAAAUCUUGGCUCAAUUUACACCAUCCUGCAAGGACGCGAUCAGGGACCACUUUCGUCCAUACCUGGCAUGGAUGCCCUCAGCGUGAAAGAGUUCACUAAUAAACUGGAGGCAUUUCUGGUGAUGCCGGACGUCUUGCUGCUACCGCAAAUCAGCUUGCUGCAGAGCAACAAUCAUCGCAUGAUUACUCAGAAACGAUCGUUCGAAGUGAUCGGAGCUAUAUACAGGCAGUUGUACGACGCCUGUCACGAGCCAAAAAAUCUGUACCAGAACCCCAGCGGUCUCUUUUCUAGAACACCUGAGGAUCUACUUGAGACAUUAAUUUCUCAAUAAUUAUAUCCAUACAGACUUCCAAAGGCACAUUGUAUAGUUGUACAUGUACAUAUUUAAAAUGAUAAUAAGUAUACGAGAAACGAGUGUAUGCUCGAUUCCUUGUAAACACGAAACAUCCCGAAGUCUAAACAGUUUUUGGACAAGUUUUGGAAUGUGCGUGAUUGUUUCUAUUAAACGGCGGAUUCUUCAUAAAA